CGCCGGGAAAAAAUGGCUGGUGUAGAUGAUGGGGAAGUUCGUGGGCCUUUGGGAGUGACCAAUGAUGAUGAUGAUCCGGAUGGCUUCGUCAAGGUUACAGCUGUCUUACCAGACUUCGAUGUCACCAAAAAGAUGACUCUCAAAGGAAUGAAGGCUGUGCCAGGGAAUGGGUCAGUGGUAGAUGUGGAGUACAAAGAUCAGUCGUUGUUGAUGAAUGCAUCAGUCAAAGACAAGAAGAAGAAGAAGGUGAUCAAAUAUCGCUUCAAGGUCCGGAAACUCCCUGAUAGAAUUGUGCCUUAUGAUUGUUAUACUGUGUACAAGAAAGAACAAGUCAUUAUGUACUUGAAGAAGGAGGACAAUCGCUCGUGGGUGCGUGACCUAUCUGAUACUGGCUUGGAAACAGAUCCACUUGAGUAACAUGGCUUGGAUGGUUAGGGCAUCGGGGUACAGCCGUCUGGUGUGGGCCAAAAUGGAAGUUUGCGGGAAACACUUUCUCAUCAUGACAUUAUGAAGUUUCAUUCUAAAAGCAGUGGCAAAUGUAAAAUUGAAAUUUUCUAGUUUAACUUUACAUUUGCUGAAGUUUAUCCAGGUUCUAUUUACCGUACAGUAAACACAUAUUCAUGGGGGAAAGCUGUCGGCAGGCAAUGCUCUCAGAAGAGCAAAGUUUACCGUACAGUAAACACAUAUUCAUGGGGGAAAGCUGUUGGCAGGCUAUGCUCUCAGAAGAGCAAAGUUUACCGUACAGUAAACACAUAUUCAUGGGGGAAAGCUGUUGGCAGGCUAUGCUCUCAGAAGAGCAAAGUUUACCGUACAGUAAACACAUAUUCAUGGGGGAAAGCUGUUGGCAGGCUAUGCUCUCAGAAGAGCAAAGUUUACCAUAUAGUAAACACAUAUUCAUGGGGGAAAGCUGUCGGCAGGCUAUGCUCUCAGAAGAGCAAAGUUUACCGUACAGUAAACACAUAUUCAUGGGGGAAAGCUGUCGGCAGGCUAUGCUCUCAGAAGAGCAAAGUUUACCGUACAGUAAACACAUAUUCAUGGGGGAAAGCUGUUGGCAGGCUAUGCUCUCAGAAGAGCAAAGGGCUAAAGUAACCAAGUACUGAUAUUCAAACAAGACUAUUUUUCGACGGCUGACAGGAUUCUGUUUGGAGGUGUAUUGGUAUUUUAAGAGAAAACAACAAUACCAUUUGGCUGGACACAAUUUGGAGAUGUUCACUGUGUUGUGCUGACCUAUGCACUUGUAUUGGAUCAGUAAGCACUACGAAAUAUUGAAUUUUUUGUAAGGCCAUUGGGUAUUUUAAUGGCAAGACUAAUGUAAUGCUGAAAAUUUGCCAUUUCAUGAUUCUAGGUCACUAGAUUAUUAAGUAGGGAGACUAUGGUAGUUUUUGUUUUUAAAGGAAAAUAGUGUUUUCUCCAUUUCCAACAACAUAGGAAAUGUGUAGCGACAAGACUUGUCCAAAUCAUCAGAAUAUGAAUUUUGUCAGAAGUCAACAAUGCAAUACAUAUGUUCCCUGGUGACAGUCAGUGUCAUGCAGCGGCAUCCGUAGUUUUGCUGGUAGCUUAUUGUAUACUCGCAUUUAGAUAUUGUACCUUGUCUCGCUAUACAUUGUGUGUAUCAUCAACGCUGGUUAAUACUUUUAAUUUAUUUGUUUUUUUCUCUAAAAUGGUUUAACAACCUUUUAACUACUGAUCAUUUCGUGGUGUUAUUUCAACUUUUAUUGGUUAAUGCCAUACCAGUUUUGCUCAUAUCUGUGAACCUCGAGAGUAAUGUUUGUAGCACUACAUUUGUUAUUAAAUGAGAAAUUUAAACUUUUUAAACUCUCCAUAAAAAGCAUGUUCGUUUAGUGGUGCCAGCUGUCCAAAAGUCAUAAAGACAAUUCUUUGAUAAUGAUGUGGUGACAAUGAAUUUCAUUGAUUUGCUGAUGCAAUACUGUGUAAUAUGAGUCAGUAUCUGUAACAGCAAAAAGGUGAAAGCACCAUUUCUGUACGAAUACUUUUCAAUUCAUGAGACUAUUUGAGAGGCGCUGCUGUCUGAAGGUCUUGACGUCUCCCAACUGGGUUUACAGUAUUAGGGCUGAAUGGGUUCAUUUGUGAUUUGCUGUUACACAUAUAUACAUGUAAUUCUAAAGAUACUCAAGGUUCUUAGCUGUCCUUGUAGGUCUGCAGCUAAAUAAUGAUCAUCUGACAUACUGUUUUUAAUUCUUACAUCCUGUAUUAAACAUUGCUUUGAAAAU